AUGUGUCCACUUCAGCUGUCGAACACAAAUGGUUCCUGGCUGUUCCCGUCAGAGCAGCCAUUUGUUAUAACAGAUAUUGUGUCUCCACUUCCAGGUCGUGAGCAGGCGGAGCUGACGGGCUCCAGGUUGGCGGCGCUGGGAAUCAAGUAUGACGUUCUGAUCCACUCCAGCAUGUCCAGAGCCACGGAGACGGCCAAUAUUAUCAGCAAACACCUUGAAGGAGUGGACCUGGUGAGCUGUGACCUGCUGCGAGAGGGAGCUCCUAUCGAGCCGGUUCCACCCGUCACCCACUGGAAGCCUGACGCUGUGCAGUACCACGAAGAUGGAGCUCGUAUCGAGGCAGCCUUCCGGCGCUACAUCCACCGCGCCGACACCAAGCAGAAGGAGGACAGCUACGAGAUCAUCGUGUGCCACGCCAACGUCAUCCGGUACUUCGUCUGCAGGGCUCUGCAGUUUCCCCCUGAAGGCUGGUUGCGGAUGGGCUUGAACAACGGCAGCAUCACGUGGCUCACUAUCCGGCCCAGCGGCAGGGUGGCCCUCAGGACUCUGGGGGACUCGGGAUUCAUGCCCCCCGACAAACUGACUCGCACCUGACGGCCUCACGCAUUUCUCUGGGACUCUGAUUUCAGUCGGUUGGUUGCAGGGUCAAAGCUCAGUUCUCUCCUUAAGUGUCUUGAAAAUUACUUUUGAUGUUAUUGUUUUGUAAGUGAACUACCAUCAUGUAAUGACACUCUGUGGUCGUGAUUACUCCGUGCCAUAGAACGCCAGCAGAAGUGAUCAAACAGCUGCGUCUGAAUGUAACUGAGGAUUUUUACAAAGUGACUGAUUUUUAAACCAAAAAAAAAAGUUGUAUUUGUAUAGCUGUUGUAAAUGCAAACCCUGCUCUUAGUUUUACAGCUGUCACUGUAUGCUGGAGUGUGGAUUAGUGUGUUGUAUGGUGCAGCUGUAGUAAAUAAAGUGAAAUGAUGAACACCUCAGUUUGUCACAUUUCUUAAAGAGGCCC